AAAUGGUUCAAGCAAGCCAAGUCAACCGCCAAGAUCAACAACAAAAAGGCCACGCUCCUUUUCGACUCUGGAGCUGAAGUCUCCAUUGUGGAUUCUACCUUUGCUCAAAGACGCACCCGGAUCAAGAUCACGCUCGUGGGAGCGUACGUGCACUACUUCGGCGCCUGGGUCGGAGAGCUGUCAGGCCAAGAGGCGAUAUUGGGGAUGGCGCCACAAUUCCGCGAGAAGCUGUCAAUUCUCAUCAAAGGACUGCUGUUGGCAAAGAUCAUCACUACCUCCACCUCACCUUGGGCGUCACCCAUCGUAGUCAUCAUCAAGGCUAACGGGGUCGACAUCCGCCUCUGCAUCGACUACCAGGUAGUGAACAGCCUUACGAGGAUGAUGGUAUACACCAUGCCGUUGAUCAACGACCUCCUCGAAGAUUUGGAUAAGGCUCUUUGGUAUUGCUCCCUUGAUAUGGCCAGUGGUUUCUGGGUGUCGACGAGGAUGCUGUUCGGACUAAAGAACGCCCCUCAGAUCUACCAGCGGAUCGUCGACAAUGCAUUAUACGGUCACAUGCGCAUCAAGCCCGAUCAGGAUAGAUCGAACCCCGUUGACGUCUUCGAGGAAGGAGAGCCGGAGCCAGAGCCUAAGCCAUCGGUCCUCGGGCGGAGGUCGUAUGUGGACGACAUCCUUGUGACCGGCGACACGUUGGAUAACAUGUGUAACCGUGUCAACAAACCGCUCGGCGUCUGUGAUCGGUGGAACUUGUCGAUCAGCGUAGCCAAGAGCUACUGGGGUCGACGCAAGAUAGCAUAUCUAGGACACGAAGUAUUCUCAGCUGGGCUGGGAGCGAAACUGAAGGAGCUUGAAGCAAUAGCUAACCUUCCCCGCUUCAUUGAGGACUUCGCAGUCUAUGCCGCGUUCUUGUACGAGCUGCGAGAAGCAUACUUCCACGAAAUCGCCAAGAUGGACGCAGAAGAGACUGGGGAGACGCGGACCGAUGAGGGUCAAAUAACUGGGGGCGAGCGCGAUAGGUGGGCGAGUGUGAAGAACGCCUUCACUAUGUUGAAGGCGAAGAUUAUUGCCACACCGGUACCGAAGCAAUUCGUCCCGGAGCGCACCCCCGUCAUCAUGCUGUACGCGAAUAAGUGGGCCAUAUCAGCGGCAUUGAUGAAGGAACACGAACGUGGGUACCACCCGGUGACCUUAACCAGUCGUACGCUGAAGGCAAACGAACUCAACUAUGGAGUGGUGGAUAAAGAGGUCCUGUCACGAUUCUCGACCUUGGCCUGGCUGCUCAAGUCGAACGGGUUCGACGGUCGACUGGGUAGCUAG